UUGAAGAGGACAAGUGUCAGCACUCAGCAACCAUCAUGCGGUGACUUGCCUGACAUUGAAUACGUAAACGCCGCCCUGCCACAGCACAUAACUCCACCACAACGCAAGGAAAUACUGUGUAAGAUGAGGAUGGCACGAGAAAGUAAGAGAAGGACCUUACAUAAGUGUAGAAACACUACUUGCUGCCGAUACAAAGCCGAGAGGUUUUUAUUCUCAUUAGAAAAAAAAAAAAAAAAAUUAGAUCACCCUUAUUAUUGUAACACAUCUCCAUCAAGGAAUUGAGGUAACAUACAUCAUAGCCUCAUGUGCCACCAGCUGAGUGUAAAAAAACACCACCUGUCAAAUAUUCUGGACCAUGUUAGUGUUAAUAGCAGCAGCAGUAUUGGUGGCAGUGGUGCUGGUAGCUCGCUUGGUUUAUGUUUUACGUGACAUUCACCAAGGUAAAUCUUUAGUCCUGUCUCAACACAAGACUGUGAAGACACUGGUGGUCCUUGGAUCUGGGGGCCACACUGUGGAGAUGCUCAAGAUGGUAGCUGCCCUUGACCCAGUGAAGUACAGUCCCAGAAUAUAUGUGGUGGCAGAUACUGAUGAGAUUAGCCACAAAAAGCUGCUGGAAGUUGAGAAGGACUUUAAGGGUGAGGGUCAUUUUGUGGUAGAGGUGGUUCCUCGGACUCGAGAAGUAGGGCAAUCAUGGAUCACUUCUGCCUUCACUACUUUGCGUGCCCUCAUAUCCAGCCUCUUGGUGUUGGUCCAGCACCGGCCAGUCCUCAUCCUGUCUAAUGGUCCAGGAACAUGUGUGCCUCUAUGUGGUGGAGCAGUGAUUCUGCGUGUGCUUGGGAUGUGUCCAAGUCGGGUCGUGUUUGUAGAAAGCCUGUGUCGAGUGCGUUCCCUUUCCCUCUCCGGUCAACUUCUUUAUCCAUUAAGUGACCAUUUUCUCGUCCAGUGGCCUCAGUUGACUGAAAGCCAUCCAAGGGCUCGCUGCUUGGGUCGCCUGGUGUGACUGCUGCAUAUCAGUCCCAUAAAUAUACUAAUUCAGUCAUCCCAUCUGUCAUCCAAACUUGACAUACACUCAUAACUGCAUCAUCAAUGUUUCACAUCAAGAAAAUAUAUUUUGAAUUUUUGUGAAGCAUUAAAGAGAAUUAUAUUGAC